GAAACAUAUUUGACUUGCAAAGAGACACACAGGUAGCAGAGCUGUAAGAGAGCUGUUGAGUGGACAGUAGUUAUAAUCAGAGGAAGCAAAAAUGCUGAAAAAACUCUUUAACAUCCUGGUCUUUUUUUGUUUCCUCAGUAUGGCGUGUUUUGCUGUGCUUCUAUUCCACAGCAGAAACGGCGCUUUUUUUCUUUUUACAAAACCACAAAGUAUGGAAAAUGGAAACGACACACUUUCCCAGUGGAUAAAAACACUUUUUAACCUGACAACUCAAGAUCCAAAUGCAGGCCGAGAAGGGACACAGAUGUCACCGGUUACGAUCAAGACUUUGGUACCCUGCCCUGACACCCCUCCAAAUCUUCUGGGUCCAGUCCACGUGGAGUUUAAUUCUACACGGACUCUGGAUGAGGUGAGAGAGGAGGUUGGUUCUCCUCUUCGGUUAGGAGGAUGGCACAAACCACCAGACUGUAUCGCCCAACAGAAGGUGGCGAUCAUCAUCCCAUUCAGAAAUCGGCAUGAGCACCUUAAGCACUGGCUGUAUUACCUCCAUCCUAUUUUGAUGCGACAGCAGUCGGACUACAGAGUGUAUGUCAUCAACCAGGAUGGAGAGGGAGUGUUUAACCGGGCGAAACUGAUGAACAUAGGCCACGCUGAAGCACUGAAGGAAUAUGAUUUUGACUGCUUUGUCUUCUCUGACAUAGAUCUGAUUCCUAUGGAUGACCGCAACCUCUACAGAUGUUUUGACAGUCCUCGACACUUGUCUGUGGCUGUAGAUAAAUUCAUCUUCAGGUUACCCUAUAAAACCAUCUUUGGUGGGGUUAGUGCAUUGUCCAAGAAGCAAUUCUCAAAGGUUAACGGGUUCUCGAACACUUACUGGGGCUGGGGUGGUGAGGAUGAUGAUCUUUAUACGCGAAUUACCCAACGUGGAAUGACCAUUUCCCGACCUGACAUGGUGACAGGAAAGUACAGGAUGAUCAAACAUAAGAGAGACCCGCACAAUGAGAGUAACCCAAAGACUUACAGCAAACUGAGGCAAACCAGGCAGACCAUGGAUAAAGAUGGGAUUAAUACCUUAAAGUACACAGUCAAGGAGAUUGUGAAGGAUAAACUGUACACGUAUAUUACUGUGGAUGUUGGAGCUCCGGCAAAGGUGUAGACUCAAACAAAAGUAGGUGCAACUGAUGUGAAUUAUGUUUGCACACUUGUAUGCAUGUGUAGUAUGCGAGUAUAUGUGUGUGUGAAUAAAGAGAAUGCAAUCUUUAUGAAUAUUAAGUACAGAGAUACUUUAAAUCCUUGAAUGACAAUCACCUCUCUCAGAGUAGAGCAUGAAAUAUUCUACAUCUAUACUUUAAUCUGUCAUUGCCUUUACACAUAAUUCAGAUGUAGAAGAUGUGGCUGAUUUGAGUGUAUUAUAAGGACAAAAAAUACACAUGAAGUGGACAACACAGAGGACAGACCACAGUGUUUGGUUGGCCAAUAAUGUGGUGAAGAGGCCUUUAUAUUUCAUUUAUCAUUUACACAAUAUUUUCUAAAUUUCAGCAUUUUUAUUGAGACAUAUGUCUCUGCUCAUUGUAAAUACGAGACAGCCUGAAGAAAGUGAUGAAAUGAAUAGGGACAAUCCAUUUUGGUGGCACUGGCUGAUGUUUCCCUUUUCCAAAGAUGGGUUCACUGCUUUAAGUUAUUUAUUGUAAUUUGCAAAACUGAUGUGAUGGUUGUACCUUUGCUUUGAAAACUGUAAGAAUGUUUUUAAAAACUAAGAACUGCAAUAAAAUGUAUGGCCACAGCUAAAUUAAAUUUAUGGUGAGCACACUGUGAA